GCGGGGCUUAGCAACUGGUGGCGGACACAUGGGGACUCGGGGAGUAUGGACCAACACCACUACACCAGUCUGCCAACCAGCUGCCUCAGUGACUACACUGCCUCUCACUCGUUGGUUGUGAGCAUUAAAGAUGAGUGAGGUAUCCAAAACUGCUCACUGGGGUGUGUCAUGGGUGGUGGUAACGGGAGCCUCACGGGGCCUAGGGGCAGCCAUCUGUGAGGGCGUGGCAGGUGUGGUAGACUCAGGCUCCCUUAUCCUGGGUUUGGCUCGCUCAUCCCAAGGCCUUAAUGACACAGCUCACAAAGUACAACAAACAAAUCCUAACGUGAAGUUUAUUCCUGUUGUGAUGGACCUUGAAAAAGCCAGUAAGGAAGACCUAGAGAAAGUCCUGGGUGAGUACCUAAAAGUUGGACAGGAUCCUCCACCAACCUGCUCUAUUAUUUUCCAUAAUGCAGGCUCUCUUGGGGACCUCGUAUACUUGCGGAAUCAUAAGGACUCCGACCACAUCAACAGCUACUUCACCCUUAAUAUCAGUUCUGUGGUGUUGCUGAAUGCUGUGUUCUUAGAGAUGGUGUCUCAGCUUCCUGAUGUAGCAGUAGAGAUUGUAAACAUAUCAUCACUUUGUGCUAUACAACCUUUUAAGUCUUGGAGUUUGUAUUGUGCUGCAAAAGCUGCCAGGGACAUGCUCUUUAAGGUUCUGGCAGCAGAAGAACCAAAGCUAAUGGUACUGAAUUAUGCUCCAGGGCCCCUGGAUAAUGAUAUGCAGGAGCUUGCUCGCAGUGAAACAGCAGAUGAUGAAAUGCGAUUAAUGUUUGCAUCAUUGAAAGAGGAAGGCAAACUUCUUGCAUGUAGUGUGUCGGUCAACAAACUGUUAGAGGUUUUAAAAAAGCGUCAGUUCAAGUCAGGAGACCAUGUUGAUUACUAUGAUGCAUAGGCUUGUUUUACUGUGUACAGUACUGUACACAGUUGUGUAUCAAUGCUAAUUCAUCAAGGUUUAAGUGUGAGCUAACAGUAUUCAAAUUAUUAAAGACUGAAAUGUUUAUUUUUUAUAAGAAACUUGUAAUUUGUUUUAAAAUCCAAUUUAAAAAACUGUGGCCCAUAACUAAAUAAAAUUGUUUCAGAAAGAAAUUACAAUAAUUUACACAAGAUUUAUUCAAGCAUUAAUAUUUACAAAAUAUUUACUUGACCAUCCAAAUGACUUAACUAAUUUUCUGACUGCAAUACAAUGAUCACCAUUUUCUUAGGAAUUGUGUUUUGUCAUGUGCUUUACAACAUUGCUGGGAAAGUAUUAAAUUUAGUGCACGCACGCA